CCCUCUUUGUUUUUGAAAAAAUGUCAAACUGAUUUGUAGGUUAGGAACAUCCUCGAAGUGAAUUCGUAAUUCCAGCAAAUCCGUUCAACAAAAUUCCCCCGUGGCCCUUUCCACAGUUUGAAAUUGAGUCUCCGAACCCCCCAAGCGCCGAAAAUGGCCAUCGACAAGGCAGAAACAGCCACAGACAGAGCCUCCCUUGAGCCCCAACCCGAGGAAAAAUCGUCAAAAAGCGACUUCAGCGACGACUUCGCCUCGCCUCCGCCGGAAAAAUCGGACACGGAGCCCGAAUGGCAGGACUUGCUCGGGAGUGGAAGCUUAAUGAAGAAAACCUUGAAGGAGGGCCAGCCCAACACCCGCCCCCAGAGACUCGAGAAAUGCACAAUCAACUACGAGUUGAGUCUCGCAGAUGGGACUUUCAUCGAGAGGAAAGAAAACGAGGAGAUUCAGUUGGGGGACUGCGACGUGGUUCAAGGCCUUGAUGUGGCCAUCGGACUCAUGAAUGUGGGGGAGAAAUGCUCGUUGAAAAUCGAGCCCCGGUUGGCGUUCAGCAGUGUGGGGCUGUCGGGGAAGAUCCCCCCGAAUUCCACCGUGGUCUACGACAUCGAGUUGGUGGCUGUGGGGCCCGAGGAUGAUCCAGAAACACUCUCGGUUUUGGAGAGAAAGUUGCAAGGGAACAAGAAGCGCGAGAGGGGCAACUGGUGGUACGGCCGGGGGGAGAACACCCUCGCCAUCCAGUGCUACCGCCGGGCUUUGGACUACUUGGACGAGGUCGAGGGGGGCUUGGAUGCCCUCAACAAAACCGAAGAAGUCGCAGACUCCACCCUCCAGGAGCUUCUCGAGGACCGCAUCAGUGUUUGCAACAAUAUGGCGGCGGCCCAAAUCAAGUUGGAGUUGUACGACGCCGCCCUCAAUUCCCUCCAAACUGUCUUAAGAUGUCAGCCAAAUAAUGUCAAAGCCUUGUUUAGGAAAGCCAAAGUGCACAAAGCGAAAAAUGAUUUGGUCGCUGCACAGAAGUGUCUCAAAAAAGCUGAUGAAGUCUCGCCGAAUAAUCCAGAUGUUCAGAAGGAAUUGGCGCUGAUUUCGAAACUGAUUCAGAAGCAGAAAGUGACUGAGAGGGAGUUGGCGAAGAGGAUGUUCGGGGAUAAGAAACCGGCGAAAGAGGAGAAGGCCAAAGACUCCAAGCAUAACAUGCUGGUUUGGAGUGCGACGCUGGCAGCAAGUUUCGCGAUAGGGUUGGUAGGAGUGGCCGCCUACAGGCUAAAGUUCGCAUAGUUUUUAUAUUGCCUUUUUGUUAUUUUUGGUUUUAUGAGCUGUUUUUCAUUGUAAAUUGUUGUUUUGUGUAUUAAACUUUUAUUCGAG